GCGGCGCUGGGCGCGGGGCGCGGGGACCCGAGCGCAUGGCCCCCGGGGGCUGCGUGGGGCCUCCGCCAGCCAGGCUCCGACUGGGAAGGGCGCCGGCCAUGCGCGCGCUGGCAGGCCUGUGGGUCCUCGGCCUCCUCACCUGCUGCUAUCUGUCCUGGGGCCACGGCUGGGCGGACGAGCAGGAAGGGGCCCUGGGAGCGCAAGCGGGGGACACAUCGCAGCCUGGCACCACCCACACCUCCCAGCCGCAUCUCAUCUUCAUCCUCGCUGACGAUCAGGGAUUUCGGGACGUGGGCUACCACGGGUCCGAGAUACGGACGCCCACUCUGGACAGGCUCGCUGCCGAAGGGGUGAAACUGGAGAACUACUACGUCCAGCCUAUUUGCACACCGUCCAGGAGUCAGUUUAUUACCGGAAAGUAUCAGAUACACACCGGGCUCCAACACUCCAUCAUAAGACCCACGCAGCCCAACUGCCUCCCUCUGGACAAUGCCACCCUCCCUCAGAAGCUCAAGGAGGCUGGCUAUGCCACACACAUGGUCGGCAAGUGGCACCUGGGCUUCUACCGGCCAGAAUGCAUGCCCACCAGGAGAGGGUUUGACACCUUUUUCGGUUCGCUCCUGGGAAGCGGUGAUUACUACACGCACUACAAGUGUGACAGUCCCGGCAUGUGCGGCUACGACCUGUAUGAGAACGACCACGCUGCCUGGGACCACGACAGUGGCAUGUACUCCACACAGAUGUACACGCAGAGAGUGCAGAAAAUCUUAGCUUCCCACAACCCCGGGAAGCCUCUGUUUUUAUACAUCGCCUACCAAGCCGUUCACUCCCCCCUGCAAGCCCCUGGCAGGUACCUGGAGCACUACAGGUCCAUCACCAACAUAAACAGACGCAGGUACGCAGCCAUGCUCUCCUGCUUGGACGAAGCCGUCAGCAACGUGACCCUGGCUCUGAAGACGCACGGUUUCUAUAACAACAGCAUCAUCAUCUACUCUUCGGAUAACGGGGGUCAGCCCACGGCAGGCGGGAGUAACUGGCCCCUCAGAGGGAGCAAGGGGACCUACUGGGAAGGGGGCAUCCGGGCCGUGGGCUUCGUGCACAGCCCCCUGCUGAAACACAGGGGCACGGUGUGUAGGGAGCUGGUGCACAUCACUGACUGGUACCCCACACUCGUCUCCCUGGCAGAAGGGCGGAUUGAUGAGGAUGUCCAGCUGGACGGCUACGACGUGUGGGAGACCAUCAGCGAAGGCCUGCGCUCGCCGCGAGUGGACAUUCUGUACAACAUCGACCCCAUUUACCCCCGGGCGAGGAACGGCUCCUGGGCGGCGGGCUACGGGAUCUGGAACACGGCCGUCCAGUCAGCCGUCCGGGUGCAGCACUGGAAGCUGCUCACAGGCAACCCUGGCUACAGCGACUGGGUCCCGCCUCAGGCCUUCAGCAACCUGGGCCCGAGCCGGUGGCACAGCGAACGGGUCAGCUUGUCCACUGGCAAGAGCGUGUGGCUUUUCAACAUCACCGCCGACCCCUACGAGAGGGUGGACCUCUCGGGCAGGUACCCUGGCGUCGUGCGGCAGCUGCUGCGCAGGCUGUCACAGUUCAACAGAACCGCAGUGCCCGUCAGGUACCCCCCCAGGGACCCCAGAAGCAACCCUCGGCUCAACGGCGGAGUCUGGGGGCCCUGGUAUAAAGAGGACAGCAAGAAAAAGAAGCCACGCAAAAGCAAGGCUGAGAGAAAGCAGAAGGAAAGUAAGAGGAAGAAGAAACCGCAGGACGCAGGCUCGGUCCCCAGGUGCCACUCGGGUGCUCGUCGUGGCUGAGUCUGAGCCCCCCGCCUGCUGGCAUGUAGGUCACGUCUCAGUCCCUCCCCAGUGUUGGAGGCAAACCAGCAAGCGCGGCCUAGCACUCACUGCACAAGCAUCACACUUGUCACGUUGGGCCACCUGGCUGCCAUGUGGCAUACUUGUGCUCGGUGCCAAAGGGGCUGGCAUGGGCGCCGCGCUUAGAGGACAUGGACUCGUCUGCCACUCUCCUUUAUAAAGCCGCCGUGGUCGGAAUGAGCUCAGCUGCUGUGCUUCUAGCGCUCUAAUUCCAAGCAAGGACAGCAGCGAGUGCUCAGUGGCCGUACUAACUGCACAGGAGCACUGGAAGUGCCUGGGACAAGUGGCGUCAAAGCCGAUGCACCUCAAGGCUCCAGAAAUAUAUCUGCUUAGGGAGUUUCUGUGUCUCCAUCGUGUGGCGCUUGGAUCUUAGACUAACUCUACUUCCCAUGUUAUUUCCUUUCCUGUGGAAAUCAACUGUUUUUCUCACAUGAGCAGCUCAUACCUCAUUUUACCACACGAGGGGACGGCAAGUGACAACGUCUGAGCACACCGCCAAAACAUGAAUGUAACUGUUUUCUAAACAUUUUAAUAGAGGACGUUUCAGCAUAAACUACAUAACUUAUUUUUAUAGAAACAAAUUAUUUUGUUUUCAUAAAAAGUUAUACAAAUGACUUUUAUUUCCUACAUACUAUUAGAAGAAUCUUAUCUCAUAUCUUCAAGAUUACCAAGCACUGUAAUACUAUAAAUUACUGUAAUACUGUGUGAAUACACAGAAUAUAAAAAGAAAAUUAUGCAGAAAAAAUGAUAACCAUCUCUGUUCAACCAUUAUUUGAAUGUAGUAAGAUGAAUAUACUCCUUACAAAAGCUACUUGGAAAGUCAAUGUUUGUACAGAGUUGACACACAACUUUAUUGUUUCUAUCAUAAACAUUUUAUUUAUGUAUCUUAAUUAUUAAAAUGAUUUAUUUUAUGGCACUAGCAAAUUCAGCAUGGCUUUUUGGAUCUAACUUCUAGAUAAUAUAUUAUCCAUCUUCACAAACAAAAUUCUUUACAAAUAGGCAACUGAAGGUAUAAUUUGCUAACAACCAUCGUAAAUAAUAUGGAAUUUGCAAACAAGAGAUGUUUCCAUUUGCCUAUUACAUGGAGAAAAAUGUUUCUGUUAAUAAAUAACACUCAUGCUGUCCCUGCUCUUACACAGUGGACACGGUGGAGAGACAGACAGACAUGAAGCCAUGGGUCCUACGAGGGGUGGUUCCAACUCAAGCUGUGGGGCGCUCACCUGCAAACACCGUGAGGAGGCAGCGCGGUGGGACCAAGGUGCCUCACGGGGCUCCCACUGCGGGCUGAGGGGCUCCCGCGGGCCCUGGAGCUUCCCCUCAGGUCCCCUCCUAGCACAGAGGCCUCUGGGCCUCGCAGCCUCCACCGGAAGACCAGAGGGCAGGGCUGGGAUGCGUGAAGCUGCAACUGUGAUGACGAGUGUGUGGGGUCUGGAAGCCAAAGAUUAAAGUCUUGCGAUCAUAACUCAAAGGACUGUCCUUCACAGUCCAUGGAAAUCAAUAAAAGCGUCUACAGUCUAUUACUGAAAUUAUUAACUAAACCAGACAAAAUGAUUAAAAAUUUUAAAUAUUUUACUUCUCAAUAUGUGCUUCCAUUUCAUUAAGGAGGAUGAAACACUAUUUCCUGAGUUUGUGUUUUGUAGACUGUAGUUUUAAAUGGGUCAUAAAGCCCGAGGCACGCUGUCAGUGGUUUCUUUCCCUUUCUUAGCGGCAC